UAAAGAUAUUUAAUUAAUAUCAACUCAUUAAAUAAAAAAAGGAGUAUGCUUAAGUUAAUGAAUAUGUUUCAUUCAUAUAUAAUGUGUACACCCUGUGUACAAAUGCAAAGCAAGUUCUUUCCAAUGCUACUUCCAAAAUGCCAGUGCACGGAUUUGAUCUCUUGACUUUUAUUAGCUCCUGAUAUAGAUAAUGCUACGUGCUCGCUAACUCUAUUCGUCCUGGCAUGGCAAAGCGGCGAACCUGCCUGCCUAAUGAAGAAAGAGAAGUCGAUCUAGAGAAGCUUCUUAAGUAAGAAUAAGAUGGCAAAAGAGUAGAGAUUUUACAGUUCAUUCGCUUGGAAGCUAGCUUCAUCUGGAGCAUACACUCUGGGAGGGGUAUCACAAUCUUCUGUACCUAUAUGGAAAUCGUAGCAAGGCUAGCUUGUAACAUCGAAGAGCAGGCAUUUCCAAUUAGUUUAGUUGAAACGUUGCAAAAACCAUAGAGCUGAGCUGGCUUAUUAGGUAGUUCCUUUUUGCAUUAUAUAUUUAACGCCUUCUUGCUCAUCUAGAAACUCUCCCUCUCAUAUCUCGUGACAACUAUUCCUGUCUCGGUUAUCUGUGCUAUCCAAAUGCCUGCCUCUUUGUAAGCCCGUGCAGACUGAAAUGCAUAUGCCUCCCAAAGCGGAUUAAGCAUAUCCUCGCUCUCUCUACCCUUUCCUCUCUCAUUCCAGAAAAGAAGUGCAAUAUGCGAUCAAUAAGCUUACGGAUUCAAUACCUUUGAUAGCAUCAUAAGUAGUGCCGUAGGUUCAAUCCCAACCAAUGCCCAGCUUCAGCAAAUAGAAGAAGGGUUAACAUCAUGAAUAUGCGAUCAAGCAAAGAGUGAAGAAGCAGCAAUACGUGUUUUGAGUUAUCUUUCUUUUUUCUUCUAAAAAAGCAAUAGAAAAGAAGAAAGAAUUCCGUAGUGUGUAUCAACUUCAUCUUCUCCACAACCUCACAGACCUUAUCACUAGGGAAAGCCGAUACAGCUGAUCCCUCACCAGAUGAGGCUGGUGACAAGUUCCAAUUGUACUUUUGUUGACCAAUAUCUGACCGAGAAAUGAGUUGAUGAACCCGUCUUACCAGAGAUAGGAAUUUUUCCAUUAUUCGAUGAUCCAACGCGCUAAGGGAAUUCAUGUUCUCAGUAUUGACCAUUACCCUGGAUUCUUUCCUACCCUCAAUUGUGCCACCUUCUUGUUACUCGCUGGCCGAGUAUAAUCAUUAUUUUAUUUCCAAUUCUAGUAGUUUGUAGUUUGAUGAAUAUAGUUUAUAACUAUAAUAUGGGUUAUAACUCAGUCUGUUUAUUAAACGAUUCUCGCCUUCCAGCAGCUUCAGGUAGCCUCCCUUAACCCUGCAGGAUUCGAGGGAGUCGUCGAGCCUUCAAUUCAUCCGGCACUCGCUGGUAACUUCCAGGAGCCUCGAAUGAUUCCGACACCCUCUUCAGCGCUUCUGGACGGUUCUCAACUGAAAAGUAAACUCAAUUCGUUAAUAACCCGCUUUGCAAAUUUCUUUUUCAAGUGCAAAAACGAUGAAAGGAUCAAGGUCCCUUUCUUUAACGAUUGUGGCCUUUUUUGAACUAAUUUUCGGACUUCUAUCCGCGUCUUUUAGCCUCAUCUUCAUAUAGCUGGAAAAUCCGUGCAAAUAACUCCGCCAUCAACGGUUCCUUCCUCGGCUAAGAAUAAUGCUAUGCUAUCCGGAAUUGCAAUUAGAUAGUUGUAGAUAAGGUAAGGCCCUUCCCCUCUAUCCAGUUCAAACCAAUGGCAUGAAAUAGCACUAGCGAAAAGGCUAAGCACAUUUGAUAGAGGUAUACCUCACCAAAGCAAAGAAGAACAAAACCUGGGACGAGGACGGUCGCGAAUGCAAAUGCUUAUGGUUCUAAUCAAGUGAAGCCAAUGCUAGGAGGUUGAAACUAGAGGUCACAAGGCAUGACGCUGGAGAAAGAGAAGCGUGAUGUUGUCAGCAAUCAAAUUAUCGUAAAUAGAUAGUAUAGUAUAGUAUAGUUACGCUUUCCUGAGUGACUGGAUUCCUAGCUCUUCGACAGCAAGAAGUGGUACGAACUUCAUCAGCGCAUGAGAAGCAAGCGGUCUUAGUGGAGUGGCGGACUUCCCCUUUCAAGGAAAGGAAAGUUUUCGGAUUCUCGUCAAAGAGGAGAGCUGAGCCUAAAGAAAAUCACAUCAAGCUAAGUGCAAACAGGCGCAAUCAAGAUCACAAGAAGAAGAGAAGAAACAAGAAGAAAACACACCAAGGCAUUAAUCAACAGCCUAAGCCGAAGCCACCAUAGGCAAUAGAUCACAAUUCAAGGAAAGGAGCAGGGUCACUAAUAUUGUAUGGAUAGUACUCGAAGAAAGGGAACUCCCAGGAAACCUAAUCUAUAAGAGCCGUGUUCGUGCUGUGGAUUUCAAAGUGAAGUUCUUAGGUGGAGGCGAGUUCUGUUCUAUUCUAUGACAAUCCUCAAACUCCAUUCAUCGAUUGCUGUUCCAUUGAAGGGAAGGAACUCUAUGUUGGAAGUCUUCCCAAGCCAAGAAACAAGAUCUGUGUCUCUAUUACUCGAGCUGUGUCAAUGACAUAAACACGCCGUAGUAGGGUGUGCCGUUCACCCAUCUCAGACGCCAUAGGUUCUCUAUUCUUAGGAUCUGCCUGGCCUGGCCACUCAAAGAAAAAGUACAAUCUGCUGGGUUUUGACAUCAGUGAGGAUAAGUCACGUACGAGUUCAGGGCACAUGAUCUUUCGAAGUGCCAUAGGAAUUCUAAGAAUAAGGGAUGGUGCCAACGAGAAAGAGACCCAGCUAUUGUACUGGUAGAGAAGUGACUCGACUGGAAAGGCAGCUACCUUGGUUCUUCGAAUAGGUGUGGGUAAACUGCUCGCAUUUUCCUAUGUGGGUGGCGAAAGAUUCUUGCUAGAUUUGGAUCUUAACUCAUACCGCUGUUGUGGCUUGAAGGGAAAACCAAUUCAUCCUUAUGCUUUUUGCGCUAGAUAAGAACAAGAACUUCCCUUUAAGUCUUUCCGUCUUUCUACCUGACCUGCAGAGGACUAGAUAGAGGCUGGCAAGCCAUAGACUCAUUGGGGUCUAAGUAAGUACAAACAACUUCAACUCCUCGCGAACCGACAGGACAGAUUUCCCCGGCAGCUGCAGCUACUGGUAUCAGCACCAACCAACUCUAUUCUAGCCUCGUAAGCCACUUCUCCUCUCCCGGCAGGCUUGGUCUCGCCUUCUCCAAUUAUCGGCAUCUCUCUCCUAUUAUCGUAUGAGAAUUCUAGCCAGUCACUUCGGGAAGGAAGUCAACUGCAAAUAGCCAGCCUCCACGAACAGCAAAGGAGCUACGGCACUUCUGGCACUAUCCUCAAACCCAUAUGGCGCGUCGUCAACCCAAUUUGCCAAGCGUCAAUCUCAAUCUUCCAAAAAAAAGGAAACUAGCUAUCUAGAGGAAACUAACUAUCUCUAUCUAGAAGAAGCUGAGAAAGGUACCGCUGUCUAUGAAGCAAGGUCAGAAUGUGCCGCUAAGAUCCCAGCCAGGCUAUGAUAGCAGGAAUAAGAAAUUGCCAUAGGGGAAUCCAUUCAUUCUCGACCAUACAGGGAGUUUAGUUUCGAGGAUAGCGUAUUCGUCCGAAGUCGUAUUAGUUGGCAUUGUCACUGGAACAGUUUCCUUGAUAUCAUCUGUGGGCUCUCCAUUGGUUUGGUCCGGCAUCUUAGGUUUCGCAGGAUCACUUCACUUAACUUAUUUCAUUUCGAGAAAGAGAACGAUUCUUCUUCGAUCUAGAAAGAACGAUUCUUCUUCGAAGCAUGAACCAACCCGCACCUGCCCUCAAAGCAGAUACGAAUCACGGAAACUUUGCCUCUUCUGAAGCGCAGAACCAGAAAACCCACGGCCUGCUGCUUGAUUAGAAAAAGGAGAUCCACGGCCUGUGAGUAACUACGCCAUGUUACGAAUCACAGCCUGACUUCCUCUAGAUGAAAGCAUAGGUAGUGACGACCUAUUGUUUUCUUCUCAGCGGACCCAAUGAGUAACUACGCCAUGUUACGAAUAAAAGCGAGGGAAAAUCGGAUGAGCAACUUUUGCAGCUAUAUGAAAUGCACUUUGGAAAAUCAGGUCUUGAGGACGAAAAACACGAUAAAAUGGACUUGCCUACUUUUGCACCGAAGAAACUCAUAAGUAAUCCAAUUUCCGAGGACACGAACGGAAGUAAGCUGUUUUUGGUAUUCGUAUCGGAAUUAGCCAGAAGAAGAAACCAUUUUCACUGCCCUUCAUUCUUUGGCCUGCCUGCCUUAGUGGCCCCUCUCUGAUAAGGUUUUCAAAACGAAAAAAAAAUGACAAAUCUGGUCCGAUGGCUCUUCUCCACUAACCACAAGGAUAUCGGUACUCUAUAUUUCAUCUUCGGUGCCAUUGCAGGAGUGAUGGGCACAUGCUUCUCCGUACUGAUUCGUAUGGAAUUAGCCCGACCCGGCGAUCAAAUUCUUGGUGGGAAUCAUCAACUUUAUAAUGUUUUAAUAACGGCUCACGCUUUUUUAAUGAUCUUUUUUAUGGUUAUGCCGGCGAUGAUAGGUGGAUUUGGGAAUUGGUUUGUUCCGAUUCUGAUAGGUGCACCUGACAUGGCAUUUCCACGAUUAAAUAAUAUAUCAUUCUGGUUGUUGCCACCAAGUCUCUUGCUCCUAUUAAGCUCAGCCUUAGUAGAAGUGGGCAGCGGCACUGGGUGGACGGUCUAUCCGCCCUUAAGUGGUAUUACCAGCCAUUCUGGAGGAGCAGUUGAUUUAGCAAUUUUUAGUCUUCAUCUAUCAGGUGUUUCAUCAAUUUUAGGUUCUAUCAAUUUUAUAACUACUAUCUUCAACAUGCGUGGACCUGGAAUGACUAUGCAUAGAUUACCACUUUUUGUGUGGUCCGUUUUAGUGACAGCAUUCCUACUUUUAUUAUCACUUCCGGUACUGGCAGGGGCAAUUACAAUGUUAUUAACCGAUCGAAACUUUAAUACAACCUUUUUUGAUCCAGCAGGAGGGGGAGACCCAAUAUUAUACCAGCAUCUCUUUUGGUUCUUCGGUCAUCCAGAGGUGUAUAUUCUCAUUCUGCCUGGAUUCGGUAUUAUUAGUCAUAUCGUAUCGACCUUUUCAAGAAAACCGGUCUUCGGGUAUCUAGGCAUGGUUUAUGCCAUGAUAAGUAUAGGUGUUCUUGGAUUUCUAGUUUGGGCUCAUCAUAUGUUUACUGUGGGCUUAGACGUUGAUACGCGUGCCUACUUCACCGCAGCUACCAUGAUCAUAGCUGUGCCCACUGGAAUCAAAAUCUUUAGUUGGAUCGCUACCAUGUGGGGAGGUUCGAUACAAUACAAAACACCCAUGUUAUUUGCUGUAGGGUUCAUCUUUUUGUUCACCAUAGGAGGGCUCACUGGAAUAGUUCUAGCAAACUCUGGGCUAGACAUUGCUCUACAUGAUACUUAUUAUGUGGUUGCACAUUUCCAUUAUGUACUUUCUAUGGGAGCCGUUUUUGCUUUAUUUGCUGGAUUUUACUAUUGGGUGGGUAAAAUCUUUGGUCGGACAUAUCCUGAAACUUUAGGCCAAAUCCAUUUUUGGAUCACUUUUUUCGGGGUUAAUCUGACCUUCUUUCCCAUGCAUUUCUUAGGGCUUUCGGGUAUGCCACGUCGCAUUCCAGAUUAUCCAGAUGCUUACGCCGGAUGGAAUGCUCUGAGCAGUUUCGGUUCUUAUAUAUCCGUAGUUGGGAUUCGUCGUUUCUUCGUAGUUGUCGCAAUCACUUCAAGCAGUGGAAAGAACAAAAGAUGUGCGGAAAGUCCUUGGGCUGUUGAGCAGAAUCCAACCACACUAGAAUGGUUGGUACAAAGCCCUCCAGCCUUUCAUACUUUUGGAGAACUUCCAACUAUCAAAGAAACUAGAAACCAAUCCAGUUGCUAGAAAUCCAUCAUUAGCGAGACAAUUAUUUUUCUUUUCUUUUGAUUUGUUUGGGCUUUGCCUUAACCGAAGCUAUUGCAUUGUUUGCACUUAUGAGGGAUCUUAUUUGUGUUCUAAAAUAUUCGAGUAAAGUAUGAAAGGCUGGAGCAACACUUCUCAAUGCCACUUCCGGAAACAAAUUCGUCGUGAAUAAAUAGAAUAGCGGAAUAAAUAGAAUAGGUUGGACAUAGUUCCUUGUAGGAUGAGUGGAUACGUAACAUAACCAUUGGGGAGGCUUGAUGUUUCCGUUCGUGGCGGGACAUCCAUCCCUCCCCUCACUUGAGUUUUGUAGGAAGUAAAGUGUCUCAUAUUCCAUUCCAUUCCAGUAGUAUGAGCUUAUUUCCUUUCCGAUUCCGAGGCCACCAUCUAGUGAGUGAUUGGUAUACUGCGGAUGGUGGGAAAGAAGAGUGGGUAAGUGGGCUUCUUUCAUGGGUUCGAUUGGCUGGUUUUGACUGCCCUAUUUUGCAGGAUAGAAGAACUGUUUAAUACUUUGGAUCAUGGAUAAUAAGCUGCUCUUGCAAAAGUGCCAGUGGUAUAAAAGAAAAACUUCUCGACUUGGCAGAUUCAUUUCCUUUCUUUCGUCCUAUGUUUGUGCAGGGGCCCCCGGUACCUGAAUAGAGCGUGGAUAUUUAUGGACGGGUCUAAUCUCGUCGACAUGCCACCCUCUCCUUUCAGUCGAGCAUUUCACUCUCUCCUGUCGCUUUAUUCGAGAAUGCGAACACCUUAGCGCCCUCUACGCUCCUCCUUCCAAUUGUUCGAUCGUAGAAUUGCACAAAAAAAGAUUGAGAAUCACCGAUUGAACUCAGUAGAAGGUUUUCCCUGACUAAAGAGGCCUAUGGAAUAGAGGCGCGCAGCGUGGAAAGAAUGGAAAUUGCAAGUGCAAGACGGUAAAAACCGGGCUAGUUCUGCGUCGGUCAUCAUGCAACUUGACCACAUGAAAUUGGGGCGUCUCAUUUCCGUGAGAAUUGUAGUUGCAUUCUCCUUGUGGAGAAGUCAAAGUGCCAUAAAGGGUCGAUCCAUUCUAUCUAUUUAGAGGAGGGUGAGCCUACGACCACCAAUUGCUUAUCUCCAAUUACCAAUUGCAGCAGACUUGGACUAAUGGAAUUGCUUGAAGUGAAGACCAGUGAACAAAAUGACAAAAAAGAAUUGUUUACCUCUUUCGAGUUUCCACAUUCUGGGCACAGCUAAGCGUUUAGUUUAGGCACAUAUUGGGUUUCAGACAGAUAGGGAAGGUCAGCAUGGGUUGACUGGGAUCCCUCUGUUUCACUAGACUGGGGAGACGAGAACUAUAGAAUCUAAGGCGGCCCAGAGAAAGCAAGAGUGAGUUGCCCGGCCAAGCCCGUUGAUUUGCUUCAGAACGAAGGUAUUCGAUUAUUCCUGGGAUGGGAGACAUUGUGGAUCUCUCGAGGACUAUGAAGACCAAGGAGUCAUGACUAAUGAUCCCGUACUUAGUGUGUACUGGUUUAGUAGGGAAGCCUUGCCUUUACCAGCUAAAGGGAAAUAGGUGUGCUGGCUGCAGUGGAAAAGAUCAUAUAAUAUAAGAAAGAAAGGGGUCGUCCCAAACUUGUGGAGUGCGAUGGGGGACUUGGAUCUAGUGCCGAGUGAGGAGCUUUGCGGAGCCUACUCCGGUAGACAUAUUCCGCAGCGAGAUAUUGAGUGCUGUCCGUGCUAAGGAUAAGGACAGGUUAGGUUAGCUCUGAUGGUGGGACAUGCUGAGCGCACCCUAAUCAUCUUUGAAUAAAUAGCCCUCCACAUUAGUGAAUCCAAAUCCAGAAUACACAUCCAAGGAAAUGAGCAUACUUCUUGGAACUACUAGAGAGUUCAAAACCUCUUGUCCCUUGGGCAUAAAUGAUCAAUUCUGUGAAAGGUUAGGCUAGUUGGUCCGGCGGAAUGGAAACAUUAGGGCUUGAUUGACAUACUCGAGACUUAGCAAUCUGGGUUUCUUGGACUAGUUUUGUCAAUGGGCUAAGACGAGAUCCUACGGUUCACUUUUCUAUCUUUAGCAUUCCACUUCACUCCACAAGGGGAAUCAUGGAUGAACAAGACAAACCGGGCCUACUCCUUCCCAAUCUUCUGAACACUACUUAUGAUUUUCGCUACGGCACUUGAGUUGGAUAUCUUAGAGAGUCUAAGCCCGUACUCUGAGGUUGGUGAAGGGAAGUGAAACGUAAGCGAGGUUUCGAAGAAACGAUAGAAAAAUCGAUUUAGACUAGUCUCCCUCCUCUCUAUAUUAUCUGAAAUGUUCCAAACCAAAGUAGGAACUGCUGGGAUGGGAAUAGGACCAGCCAAUCCGUCGUGCUUUGAUAGCGUGCCAGCCGAGCGACUAGCUUGUCAGGUAAUAUGCAUUUCCAGGUCAGCAAGUAGGUAAGCUGCGGUGGGGGGCCUGACUGGCGCAACUAAAGCCCCCGAGGAGAAGAUCAAGGGGAAAGACGCCGAAGUCGUCAAUCCAUUGUAUGAAUCAUGGAUGGCAACUGAUCAACAGGUACUCGGAUACUUGUUGCUUGCAAUGACUAAAGAAAUUCUUGUGCAAGUCUCCGCCUGCCGCACAGCUGCCGAAGUCUGGAGUGUCCUUGAGACAACCUUCUCAUCUGUGACGAAGGCGCGCGUCGUCAAUAGUCAAUACAAGAAUCGCGCUCUCCAGCUUGAAGAAAGGCGACCUAUCUAUCACCGAAUAUGUCGGGAAGAUGCGGGCGCUUGGAGUGGAGAUGUCCAACGCUGGCAAGCCGAUCGACGAUGAAGACCUUGUCUCCUACAUCCUGGCAGGCCUCGACGACGACUACAACUAGGUUGUGACCACACUGAAGAACCGAUCUAUAUACUGUGGGGGAAGCCUACGCGCAACCCCUAAGCUUCGAGCAGCGCAGGGAACUGCUCCAUGGCUCAAGUUAUCACUCAUCCUCGACACACAUUGUCCCUCGAGCUUAUCCAAAAAAACCCUUAUCUCCGGAUGUACAUUACCGGAAAGCAAUAUAGCAACUGAUAGUUUAAUAAUAAAUCGAACUAUUGAUUGAAGGUCAAAAGCUACUGUUCAUCCAGAUCAGUGAGAGAUGGGGCCAAUCCCUGGCUCGAACGGUUUACGAAUAGGUUUCCAAUCUAGAUUGAUAUCCUGCCCGUAGGGAAUAUGUAUUUAUUGGCCAAACCAACGUCUGUGCAGAAAUAUGACAUUAAUCAAGCUUUAUUUCAGAAAAAAAAACAGGAAUAAUGGUUUAAGUGUUCUAAUUCUUCAGUACAUUCAGGGAAAGAAGCCCGCCGACCCACUCUUCUUUCACCCUCCAUCACCCCCAACAACUAGGGGGAAGUGAAGGAGGGGCCUCGGAAUAACUUAUUCUUAUAUAUUUGAUAAAGAUAGUUAUCCUACACGUGUUAUAACUUUGUUUUUUAACAAUGAAUACAGUAAUCGUAGUUACUGUGCAAUCGCUUCAGUUCAUACAUCAUACUAUUGUGUCCAUCCAUACUAUACUAUUGGCAUGGUGAUUUAUGAAAUCAUAGUAUAGUAGUGACGUAAUAUUUAUUUUAUAUUAUUCUUAUAAUCAUUUAUUCUCUUAGUCUUUUGGGGGACUAAAACGCUUAAGCAGUCAACUAUAAUAUCUUGAGGAAAGUAAUAAAGUUCUCUUUCAUAUUCAUAUAUAGUAUGUUCUGUGUUAUACAAUUCAUUAUGGGAGUCGUAGACUUUGCCUAUUUGCUCAAUAAAUCCUUGUGUAGUAGGAGAUAGGAGAUCAUAUCUUAGCUGCUUAGCUCGAUAUAUAAUAUUGUCAUACAUGAAUUUAUUAAUUAUAAAUAUGGGGUGUCCCAAUCGAAUCGAGUCAUUGCUUUCCUAUAUAGGCUUGGGAAUGCUGCGCCAUACAAUGGUGUUGUGAUGAAAUUAUCAUGAACUGUGUAUACAGGUACUGUAUUAUUACCAGAUUCAUAUUCAUCCAUUAGAAUAUCAAUAAAAUGAAUUACAGUUAAGGCAUCCUUCUGAUGGAUGAAGUUAGCAAAAGUGGAACUAGUGUUCUUCCGAGUAUUCUUUUUGUUCGUGGGUAUUCGUAGCGUUACGACUGAUUUUUUCAUUUUAGGAUUAGAACCAUGCCAUGGGUUUGGUAUUUAACAGUUAUUUUGACAGGUUCCAUGAUUAUAUAAUCUUGGACUGUAAUCCAGUAUUCUGUGGAAUAUAUAACUGGUUUAUUGAUAAAACCACUAACCCAGCUAAUACUUGCAACCAAAUGCAUGAGGUUCCUCAUAUCUUUAUAUUCAGAUUCCCAGAAAUUGUAACAUUCUUUAAUAAUAGUUUUUAAAUCUUCUACUACCAUAUAACUACCAAUCUUUCCCAGCAGAUCAAUAGCUGUGCUAAAUUUGGAUUUCCCAUACACAAUAGGCAUAAAGAUAUUUUUGAUGAUAUCACGAUCAAAUAAGCUACACACAUAUCUGGUGAUAAUAUGUUCACCGUAUUUCCGUUCAAUAUAUUUCUUAAAAUCAGAGUCAAUAAUUUCAUAAAUAUUAUUUAUUUUAUUAUUCUCACUUAUAAGAUUAGUAUUUCUAGCCAUGGUAAUAUUACCCAGUAAAUAACUCAACAUUUGAUAUGCACUUGCUGAUGCGUCCAGGUGAAUUGGUGUUCUAGCAAUCUUAUCAGAGUCACGGUUUUUUAGUGUAAUAACACUCGAGAGAAACUGAAAUGGGUGUCUAGCCUUACGUGCUAGAUUAGCCAAUCUGUCUAGCACGAUAUCAGCCUUAUUACUAUUUAAGUCAGGACACUCAUGUAUAUUUUUAAUAAACCAUAUUAUACCUUCAUUAUAAUUCUUCCAAUAUUUGGAAUAAUGGAAAGCUGUUGAAGCCAUAAAGGUUCGUAUGCCCUGACUACCUUUAUCUGGGGGUGUAUCUGUCACCCCACUUUGCGCAAAGAGUAUGAGAGAUCUAACAAGAUCUCGUUCGUGGUAAUGAAAAGGACCAUAUCGGUAAUUUCGUCCCCUAAAGUCCAAAAACGUUGGGAAAUACAAAUUGUAAUUUUGUAAAGCAUCAGCUAGUUUUAAAAUGUAUUGCUCGUAGCAGGCAGACUGAAUGUUUUUUAUCCAAAUGUUGAUCAAGUCUUUUAAAGAAAAAUAUUUUUUCAUUUCUUUGUCAUUCAAGUAAUGAUGUUUUAGUCUUACAGUCCCCUCCGUUCUAUCAAUAGAAGCAAGAAUGCUAGGCAUGAGAAGCCCUGAUGCAUGGUAUAUAUCCUUACAUUUUACCAAAUGACAUAAUAAUUUUGUAUUUAUUUGAUAUGGCACACUCUGUAACUUGUUUAUUACACGGGUUAGUCGAGCUGUUUUUUCAUCACUCACCAUAUAAUAUAUAUGUUAAAACGCUCUUCAUCGUGUGUAGAUAACAGGGUUGAGGUAUUGGUAUAAUGACCAAGUACUUCUGGGUCAGAAGAUAAGUACCCACCCGUUAGAUCCCUCAGUUUGGUUGUUACUCUGUCGUUAUUCAGCCGUUUGGGUCUGCGAUUCCUCCAUUCAAUUCAAGUGGUGGACACACCAUAGGUAAUGCUAUAUGGAGCGGUAGCUCCUUAAUGUCAAAUACACACCUAACAUAGGUGAUAUACUUUGCAUACUUACCUUUUUUAGGGCUCUUGAUAUCACCAUGAGGAUGGUAGAUCUCAACCAAAUUCCUAUUAUUUAGCCAGGUAAAUAGGGUACUCCCUAUAUUAUACAGCUCUUUAGAGCUAUCUGAUUUAUUGCUUUUAUUAUUAGCUUCUUCUUUCGGAAUAUCAGUUGUCUGAUUAAGACUAUCAUCUGUCACCUCAGCCAUAGUCUCAACAACAGAAUCUGGGAAGUUGAUAGAGGAUUCUCUAAUUCAGCUCUCAUUAUUCGUGUAAUUUCUUACGUUUAUGUCUAAUUCAGCUACUAAAGUAGACAGACGUACACUUUUUUGUUCCAGUGCAAAAACAUUAAAGUGCUUGCUUAGCACCCAUAUAACAAUAGUUUCAAUUGUAUAUGUCCCCAUUGCUCUGACUAUAACCUUAUCUGACUCAUUUUGUAAUUUAUCAAGAAGAUAAUCCAUAUAAAAUCUUUAUUGAAGAAUAAUACCUUCAACUGUGGUAUAUUAUUAUAUAUAGUAUUUUCUUUACAGUGAAGAGUCAUAUCUUCCACUUUGAGUUGUAUAUUUCUGAAUUCUGAAUCUGAUAGAUCUUCUCUCCAUGAGUUUUUGAUAAACUAAAAAACUUUAUAAGUCAGUUUUUCCUCUCUCUUAUUAUCAAGUGAUUCUGUUUCGUAGGACUUCAUGAGGGUAUCCCAGAACUGAUAAAGUAGAUCUAACAUCUCAGUAGUGUACUUACCAUUCUUUUCUUUGGGCACCCAAAAUUAGGAGUUAUACCUCCUAGUUUUUGAUUCCCACUCCUCAAAUACAGUUUGGUUUUGAGAUUCUAUCAUUUUUUUACUGAUCUCUUGAUCAUCGCGUUCUCUUACUGUAUUAUCAAGCUCGAUGACAGGAGCGCUGCUUUCCCUAAAAGGAUCCAGUACAGGGUUAGGUUUUUCCUGGGAUAGUUGUUUCACAACAUUGUCUACAUAUUCUUCAGCUUGAGCAAUUUCUUCUUCUCUAGCUUUAGCUUUAGCUUUCGCUUUUUCUGCUCUAGUUGCUGCUUUAGAGAAAGCUUUAGCUUUCGCUUUUUCUGCUCUAGUUUUUUUUGAAUAACACCGUGAAAUUAUCAUAUUAAUUUGAAAUAAAUAAGAGCCUUUCAUUAAAAAGAGCAUUUUCAUUUUUAUUUUAUUUUCUUAAAACUUAUCAUAUCGUCCGGUGGUGGAUAUUCCAAUCAUAUAAGAGUAUCAACUUUAUUUAUAGUAAUGAUACUAAUGAUGUGUCUUUACCUUGGCUUGAUCUAGUAGUUAGUUACUAGAUCCGACACCCGGAUCUUUGUGUGAAUCUAAUAUUGAUGCUCGGUAUUUGAAUCCGUUCUGCAAAUCAAUAUUAGAUUAAUUGGUUUGUACCUUUAUAAUAUCGCUUAAUCGGGAGGUUACUUUUUACCAAUGAAGAUCUCUCGAGCUGCUCAAAGAUCUUUAAGUGGCUUAGCUUACGAGGUAGACUUGAUCAUGAUCCAUAUCCAACCUUCUCCCAUCUGCUUCUGUCUCUAAAGAUUAGAGUCAUCGACGCGAUUCAAGUCCAGUGCUGAUAAAAUCCUGCUGUCCAGUUCGGGAAAGCAAGUGAUUGAUUAGUUCCAUUGGUCUAUUGGCUUCAGCUUCCAGUCUACCUCAUUUCUAUCAAAAUGAUCUGGUGUCUUUAGCGCGUACUACCAGUUAAGGAGCCAUAUCCGAGGCUCUAUCAGCUGUUAUACCCUCCUGGGCAAGCGUGUUAUUGAGGGCUCUUUAUCCCGUUUUUACACUAAAGGGAUAGGGUGAAGAGCGACCUCGAUAGGGAGCACGAGCGAUGCAAGCAACAGGAGGACAAGACAAGCCAAUGGGAUGAAGCCCUUAUCAGGUCCAUCUUUGAUGAGAGGGCAGUAAAGAAAAGAGGUUCUUGGGCUGUCUCACAUAGCCUAGCUUUUGGUCGGCUCUCUCGCUAUAUCCACCCGGAUAUCGCUUCGUUCACCUACUCUGAGCGGGGUAUUUUCCAGUCAGGGAUUUCUCCCCAUUCCGAGUAAGAGUAAUUCACUCUCGUCUGUUUGCCAAAAAUGCGGGGUCUAAUUUGUUGAUUCUCGGAUACGAAGAUAUCAAAUGGGAUACAUCAAACUGGCAUGUCCAGUGACUCAUGUGUGGUAUUUGAAAGGUCUUCCUAGUUAUAUUAUAUCGCGAAUCUUUUAAAUAAACCCCUUAAGAAAUUGGAGGGCCUAGUAUACGGCGAUUUCUCUUUUGCUAGGCCCAGCGCUAAAAAACCUACUUUCUUACGAUUACGGGGUUUAUUCGAAGAUGAAAUUGCAUCUUGUAACCACAGCAUUUCUCCCUUUUUUUCUACCCCAGGCUUUGUUUCGAAAUCGGGAAAUUGCGACAGGCCUUUUAUUCAUAACAUUAGUAGUUACUCAUUGGGUGCUAUUAGAGAACAAUUAGCGGAUUUGGAUUUGCGAAUUAUUUUAUUAUAGAGAAUUCCGUGGUGGAAUGGAAGGAAUUAGAAGACGAGGGGUAUAGUGGAGAUGAAUGGGAAGGGAUGGCAGGAACAAGGUAGGGCUUCGGCUCUUCUUUAUCGGUAUCGGUAGUCUUUCUUGCUAUAGGUAAUGUCUUGACUUCGUUGAUGGUUGCAGGAACUGCUUCAGUUUCACAGGCCCCUUUCAGAACGAUAUGUAGUAGCUCAUCCUAAUUGAAGUAUUUCAUUCUGGCGAGCGUUCCUUUCAUUGGAAAUCUUAUGAGUGUCUUUCCUGGUUUUUAAAGACGGGUUUUCAUAUGCCGUCUGCGCUUGGCUUCGGCUGUAGAAAGAAGUCCCUUUCUCUCAGGCAAGAGGAGCCUUAUCCAGGAUUCGCUCUAGCCGCUUGACUUAUCUGCUUUUGGCUCUAAGGGUAUCACUCUGUCUUUUUUCUAUCUUUUCAAACUAUUAAGAUUCUGCUUUUCCAGAGGACUCUAACUACAAGGUAUUGCUUCGAAUGGCCCCGUAUAAAUAGAUUUCAGAAGGAAUUGACUGCCAUUAUUGUUUCCGUAUCUGGCACUGCUCAAUCCUCUAUGGAAACAACGGUACUUCCGUUCCUUUCAUAUCCUGCCUUGCCAAAGAAAGCGCUAUUGAAUUCCAAACAUGCGCUCGAUGACUUGAUCACGAACGAUACAGCCCUUAUCUUAUCGAUAGUUCAGCAUUCAAGUUAAGCAUGAAAGAGAACGGGGGUAGGUCAAGCUAAACCAGAACAAUCCGCGCUAGUAGCUCAAAGCAAGAAAACGUAUGCUAGUGACUAAGGCGCAAUCCAACUGCUCUAUAAAGGCUCUGCUUGUGCUAUUGCCCCUUACGAAAGUCCAGGAAAGGAUGGAUAAGAGGAUGAGUUAGGGAAUCCUACGUAGGUACGAAAUGAAAUCCACUCCUAAACUUAGUUGUAUUGGUAUUGGCCUGCCACCUAGCUAGAAUAGAAGGAAGAAUCUCGUAAAUCUAGAUUAAGUAGCACAAGCUGAUUUAGAAGGAUCAAGUAAGAUGAAAUUUCAAUGACCCAAAGGAAGGUGUGUUUGCUUAAGGAUGGGGAUCCGGUUGUGCCGUGCCGGCCCCGGGAAUCGGCGAACUACGCUACACAGUCAGAUACCUAAGCGAACGGAUAAGGGAAAGCCCGCUAUAUUAUAUAUAGUAAUCACCUGCCAAAAGGAAAGCCUGACCGAGAAUAAUAAUAGGUCUAUGCGCCGAACAAGCAACGGUAUAUUAGAGAUAGUAAGGAGUUGUAUACACGGGGGUAUGCAUUCAUGUCACGCUUUCUGUGUGAUAAGAGGUUGCUAGCUAGCAAGUAUAGAAACAGGAGAUAUGCGUAGUUAACAGAAGCAAGGGAAUAUGCGUGAGUUGAUUUGAGAGUUUUUUUGAGAAAAAGCAAUUUGGAAAAUGCAUUGCAUUUUCAAGGGAUUGCCAAGCUAGGCUAGGGAUCGUCCGCGGGUAUCAGAUCAGGAAUAUCGUAUUUAUCUCUUCUAAUCUAGAUCCCACUUCCCUCCACUUCUUGCCUCACGCCCGUCAAACCUGACUCCACAUUAACGACUGUCCUUCCACCCAAUUCCCCGCACCCUUGCAUCACAUCUCCAACCCCUGCCUCCACGCGAUCUUCCACAAUCGUACCCCCCACCUCUGAAGCUUGCAUAACCCCCGACGAACCUGUCUGCACCUGCGGGCCCGCGCUUACAUCAUUGGCAUCGCAUGAUUAAACAUCAGCACGCGCACUUCCCUCCGUUUUCGAUGCCGACAGGGGGCUGCUAGGGGGUGUCAAGUUUCGUUUCGGUCGUGUCAGACGACAUGCAGGGGGGCAAUGGCUGCCAACGGAAUCUAUAAUAAUUCGAUACUAGGUCAACUGUACCAUCGGACUUGUAAGAACAUGUAAAAUGUACGAGGUUGUACCAGCUGUGUGCAGUCCUCCGGCACGGGUUAAGUGUCCUGCAUAGAUCUUCCCCUCUCUCCCAACCCAAAGAAGAGAUGUUCGCUUCAUAGCCUUCUCUUCCGAGAUAAACCCUACAAAGGAUCCUAAUCGUGCUAGCCUUUCAUGGACUCUUCUUGGAUUUCCUUUCAGCUGCGCCCAGCACCUCUCUAGUUUCUCUACGAGAUGGAGAUGGCUCAUUCUCUAGUUUUCCUACGAGAUAUAAGUCAGUUUCUAUCGUACUUUGAAGUUCAGGAAGGAGUUAUUAAUUAAGACGAAGAAGAACUGGGUGGGGAUAUGCCUUUCCCAUAACAAUAGAAAGAAUCAAAGCCAAUAUACACUAUAACUAUAGAGGCCUACCUAUGAAAAGUGAGAUGAGAGCUUUGUGCUAAUAAUUGAUUAUAAAGGUGUACCUAUCGACCCCAGGUAAUUAAUGCCCUAUCCUUCUACUUGAAAAACGUUACGUUAGACUUGACCAACUGUUAAUACCAAUCCGGCAGCAAUAACUACUACUAAUGCAUAUUCAUAUCCCACUAGUAGACUUAGCAGACUGUGACCUAGCCAGUCUAUUUGUUGACAACAGACCAGUACUAUCCAUCAAUGCCACAAAGACCAUAGACGACCUCUAUUUCGUGGAAGAACUCCUUCUCAUAUGAUGCAGGGCAAUAAGACCAACUGCCCGCCCUACCUAGUGAGAAGAAAGCUUAUAAAUAUAAGCAUAAACGAAUUCCUAGCCGAGCCCUAUACUUACCUGCUUGUACGGUCAAUGCCCUAGUAGACAUCAACUUGUUCAUAAACUCCAGCCUUAUCUACGCUGCUUUACCCGACCCAGGUGACCUACUUUCUCAGAUGAGAGAUUCGGCGGAGUAGUAGGAAGUCCCUGUGGAGAACUAGAAGACAAAACGAAUAUAGCGGACCAAGCAAUGAAUGACCUAGCCUAGGUAGUCCUAUGUUUGACCAAUGCUGCCUUGUAUGUCUUGAUCCAAGAUUUCUCAGCAAAAAAAGACAUGGGAUUAUUGAUCAAUUCACCAUCCUCUUCAUCUGAGUGUGCUUCCACUUUAUCGUUUGUGGCAUGUGCAUUAUGCAACAAGUAGAUUCCUGAUAAAUGAACCUUCUCCACAGGACCAGCAGGUACCUCAGCAGUCCACUACUACUACUGCUGGACAGCCUAGUUCUUCUACACCACCAGCUAUAGCUCCUAAUGAUCCAUCAUCAAUCAGUUCGACUUCAGUUCCACCUACCAAGCCGAAGCAGCCAUUUCCAGAACGGUUUGAGAAGUCAAGUGAAGACAAGCAGUUUGCUAAGUUUCUUGAGAUGAUUCAAGAUGCGCAGAUUACCAUCCCCAUCCUUGAUGCUGUCUUACAUGUUCCGAUGUAUGCAAAGUUCUUUAAGGACAAAGAAGCGAAACAUUAACGAGCCAGAAGUGGUUACUCUUACUAAUACUCUUACUCUUACUAAUACUAAGGUUGAUUUAAGUUUCUCUGGUUCUUGAUUGAGUCUUUGUCUUGCAGUUGCAGGAGUGAUGUCAAACCUCUUGCUUGAGUUGUCUGUAUUGGAAGUCGUGUAAGCGGCUUCUUCCGAAUUUGCCUUGCCUCCGGGUCUAGUACGUAUGAAAAGAUGUCAGCGUCGUGGCGAUUGCCUUUCCUGGUCUGGUGGUGAAGGAUUCUAUUCCCGAGCGGCUAAGGUCCAAUCCGGUAUUCUAUUUCGUCUGUGCGAGCAUUAAAACCAACCAUUGCCGACGUCCUCAUAUUCUCUAAUUUGGCUAAUCUCCGUGCAUUAGCAGGUUAAGCAAAUCGAUUCCAACUCAGUGGCAGAUAGGCUGCAACAUUUCUUUCCUAAUAACUAAGACUUUCUUUACUACUUUACCAACCCAUAUCACGCUAACUGAUACUGUGCCUAGUGAUUGAUGAAGGUCACAGAGGAGUAAGAAUAGCAAAGCCUACAAAUAAUGUGAUAAGAGUUCGGUUUGGCGUGGCUGGACAUUUAGGAUUAGCUUACUUGGCGCUAUCCACAGUUACCACCUUUUCAACCACAUCAUCUCUUUUACUUUCUCUCGAAGCUUCUAGCCAGCGAAAGCCUAGUGAAUCCAGAGCCAUCUUCCUUCCUAUUAGCUCUCUCUCAGGGAUUCGAAUGCCCAUUGGCAUUAUUAAAAACAAGUGCCCAGCCCAACUUGCUUGCAUAUCUCGGGAACUCUUGAAACAUAAGGAAUAGGAGGAUGCUUCGAUUCUCUUGUUGUCGACUAAGCGGAGCGGGGUUCUAAUGAGACAGACGCGUAUUUCACCCUUUAGAUUCCCUUUUGCUCCCUCGAUCAACGUUAGAAUCUUUCUCCCGGUACGGGAAGUUGAAAGCCAGCGUUCGGCACAAUAGCUCCGCGAAAAGACUCGCUCAGGCUAUCUUCCUUGAAAAGUAUCUACUUAUCAUAUCAAAUCAAACUGAGCACUCCUGGCUGAUUGCAAGCCGGUUUCAACACCGGUAGCACCCAACUCACAACUCUCUUCUAAUCUAAUCUUGGUUCGCUUCUCGCUGAUCCGACUCCCUAUCGCCAAAUUGUCGGUGCUCUACAGUACUUCACUUUUACAAGACCUGAUAUCUCAUAUGCAGUAAACCUAGCAUGUCAGUUCAUGCAACACCCACGAGAUUUGCACUGGCAAGCAUUAAAGCGUAUUUUUCGGGAUUUAAAGGGUACAUUAUGGCCUCCAACUUUAUUAUGGACCCUUUGAUUCAAUCCUUUUUUCUCCUCGAAAGCUUGCUUCUUUUAUCUGCCGAAAUUCUUCAUUACGUCAAUAGCAGCCGGAUCUUUAUGCGAAUCAUUCUUUUCUUACUAAGCCCAUCCGAGUUAAGACGUCAGGAAAGGACUGGCAAGAAAGCCAUUGGCUGGGUCUCAAAAAUGAAAGCAUAUACUGAUGGCAGUAUUUAUAGGUACAAGGCCCGCCUCGUCGCCAAAGGGUAUACUCAGAUUGGGUGAGGGUAUUGACUACCAUUAUACAUUUGCUCUUGUGGCCAAGUGAGUAACUCUUCGAGUUUGACAUGUAGUGCACUUCUCGAAAAUCGAUGAAAGGGCAGGGAACACCCCAAGGAAAAGCUAUCCAACUACUAUUUCCUAUUCUGCUUUGCUUAGUCCCAAGCCUUAAUGGAUCACUUCUUCAAGCGCCUCAUAUGGGCCUUGGGUAUCUUCCCUACUUGACGUCACUUGCCGCAAGCUAGUAUUCGAAUUCUUAAUGAUACGUAGUAAAAACAAAUCGGUUGAUUCAUCAACGACUUCCUAGCUAGGAGGACUACCCUCUUUAUUGACUUCGCUACUGAGACCACUUCCAAGUAAGAGCGCAAGCCGACCGAGCAUACCUUCUUUGCAAGCCGUGGUCCCACAACGGACCGAAAUGGCCAUCAGAAAGCAGAUUCAUUUUCUGAUAGAAAAAGCCACUUUCUCGAUUCAAGAUCUCCGCUUCCUCUCCUUAUUUGGAUCAUGUGCAUUUUAGCCUGAUUUCUAUUUCUAGUUCUAGACUCCUCUCAAACUAGCCUUUUUGAGGGUUCAAACUGAGAUUGAAUAUUCAUAGUCUCAAAUGGGUUCUACCUCUAGGUUUCUUUACUCCACUUUGAAUUUUCAUAGAUUAUUUCAGGUAGGUAAGGAGGCCCGUAUUCCCUCCGCUAUAUCUCAUUCCUGGAUUUGCCUGCCUCUAUAUGGCCUCUAUAUAUCUAGUAGGAGAUUGAGUAGCACUUGACUAGAUUGACUGGUGCGUGCGCAUUUCCGAAUUGCAUUUCUUUGACUGACUUGUAUUUCCUAUAUUUCCUUUGGGAUUUUCAUGGCCUUACAGAGUGAGUUAAGUGACUUGGAGUUAGUUAUUUCCCGGAUUCCUCGCAACAAAGAGAUUGGUUCCUGGUCCUCAUUAUUAUUGUAAGUGAGUGAUGCUUUUUCUUAGAGCUCUGCGCGCGCUCUUCUUUCGAGAAGGCUAUAUAUAUAUAUUGGAACUUCCCCUACUAAAAAGUACUGCAGGAAACCAUUCUUUUCUUCUGAUACGCCCACUUUUUUUAUAGCUAGGUGCCGCCCGCCCGGGACCAAGGCAGGCUAUAGUAUAGGCGGAUUGCCCAACCGAUCAUAAUCAUAGGUUCAACCACACCAGAAAAGUGUUUAUACAUUUGGAAGACUUACUACACUGGAACCUAGAUAUCAACUAAACUAGGAAGUAGAAGCUAGGGCAGAGCCGUUUGGCAGGCUGCCCUCCGUCAAUCAAAGAUAGCUGUCCAGAAAGAAAGCUGGGAAAGGUACCAGCCCCAGGUGAAGAAUAGGAAGUCCUAUCAAGCAAGAGUUCGGACGGCGUUAAUCGAAGAGCUUACCGGUCUGUGUUCCAUCAAUGCCCUUCUGACUGGCCUGAGAGUUGGGUGAUUAGCGAAAAGAAAAGCACUAGCCACGGACCAAGGAGCAGUGUGAAUCGAACAAUGCAUGAAAAUGAAUGAUUGGCUUCUUGUCCUGCACCCGCCCCUUUUGCCAAUCUAGUAAAUUGGACCUCGGAUCUGAUAAUGGCUAGUUGAUACAUACGGAGUUAUAAGGUCGACCCUCACUUCCUUCAAUGAAAGCUAGGGCUAAGGGUUAUUGGAAUAAGGAUUCCGGCUGGUUAGGUUAAGGGAAUAUCUAGGUCUGCUUACUUCUUCAGCUAAUGAGUCUCCUUCUUCCAGGUUCCAAAGCGUAGGCCAAGGACCCGGACCUCGAUCCGUCAAUAGAAAUACUCCAACCAGAAAGUAAGAAGGAAGGCUAGUAGUAGGCAGAUAAGAAAGGUAGAAGCAUGGCAGUCGUCGGAUAAGAAAAGAGGAAACCCGGGUGAAAGGAAAAAUGAAAUACUGGAAUCCGUUCGCUACUCUUGUUAACCCUCACUCUGACUAGGGUUGUCCCACCAACCCGAUGCUAUGAUCAUGAUACGAUUUACCGGACUAGCCGGCAUACGCUCACUUCCUUCAAUCAACACAACUGUGAAGUCGUAUUGCAUUGCAUCUCGGGUCAGGUUGACUUGACUGGUUUCCUUGACUUGUUUCAAAAGAGACUGCUCUAAGGGAGGGGCUACUUUUGCUUGUGCUUGUGAGUCUUCAUAGAACCUUGCUUUCGAGCUAGAACGAAGCGCUGGUAGACUAGCUUCUUUUUUGCAGCGGAAAGAAACAAACUCAAGGAAAGGAUAGGAUAGCCAGUAGAGAAGAAAGGAUAGGAAAAGGAAAGGUAUACUUUUCACAGCCGACAAGCUUUCAUUUAAGCCCUAAAGAACUAGCUUCCUGGCGGACUUACUCACUCGAUCGCCGGCUUUCAGAGGACGAAGGGCUCGUUUUUGAUUCGUAACAUUAGUAGUUACUCAUUGGAAGAGAACUCGGUAGUGAAUCAAAUCUCUUUUCUGCUCUUCACUUCAAGUAGGUGGCCAUGGACUUGCCUACUUUCCCUAUUAUAGUAUAGUAUAGGGGACCAGAAGUUUUGAAUUGUCAAUAGGCUUUCCGGAGGUCAAAUAGGGUUUCGUUUUUACACUGCACUGGGCUUGAUCCAAAAGCAAUCGACUAGAUAGAGGCUGCCAUAGGCUUCAGUGAUUUCUCCGUUAUAGGAGAGACGCAUUUCUUUUCUCGAACUAGUUUUGAAGCCCUGCCAAGAUAGAUAGAGAAAGAUAGGUGCCGCUUGCUCCACGUGUGGCCAGGAAGACUCCCAGAAUUUCUAUAUGUCAAAUACCCGGGGAAUGUGAACUAUUCGAAAUCCAGAUUAGAGUUUCCUUCGGCAAAAUCAGAUGAAGUAGUUUUGGCACUAAGGGAAGCAUACUUUUCUCAGACCAAAAGACCAUCUCUAGAGGAAAAAUCUGCUAUAAAGCGAAAAUCGCGGGAAAACGGACUUGGUAACUUUUCCAGCUAUACGAAACAGACUUGAUUCUUAUCAGCUGGCUCUCCAUCGAGAGAAAAUCUGCUUGUCAACUUUUGGACCAUGGUGAGCAUCACUUGAUCAGAUCUUAGGACUCUCUAUCGAGGAAAAACGAAAUUCUGUGGUCCCGGCGAGAUCAAGUUUUAGAAUCUAUCGUCUUCCGUUACGAGAUAUCGUUUCUAUCUAUGACAUUCUAUGUAUGCAGAGGGACCUGGCCAAUGGGGAAGAAGAACUUGUCGAAGGAUCUCCAUACCUAGAGGUACCGGUGAUUCACCAGAUCUAAUCUAGAGUCGUAGUCAACGUCUUUAGGAAAGAUGAGUGACCUUGGCAUAGGUUUGCUGCUUACGGUUUCAAGUAAAGACAGUUUCCUAUUCGUAGGUUUCAGGGUUACUCUUCUGGCUUGAAGGGUUACUCGUAUUGGUUCUUCUGUUUGCUGGUCCAGAAAGGGAAAAGGUUGAUUACUCAUUGGCUAAAGGGAAGGUUGAUUACUCAUUGGCUGGCUGUGCUAGUGAACUACCUCCAACUAUGGUUAUGGUAUGGUUACUACUGUAAAGUAAAGUAAAGUAAAGUAAAGUAAAGGUGCCGGAAAUAAUCUAGUAUUUUCCUCACCUCAGUAGGAAGGAUUUGUGGUUCCUCAUAGCAUUUCCACCAUAUGUUGCAUUUCUGUAUUCGAAUUUGAGAUAGCGAGUCAAGGUAUUCUUCCUCAGUCUCGUAUUCUCCAUUCGAAGCGCCGUGUAUUCGUUCUCUGUUCCGGAGAAAGCACUCGUUUCGUUUGUUCCGGCUCGUGAUUCGCGUAUUGGUAUUGUUCAGUUCGCUAGGAUAGUGGGAACUGACACAUUGAUUCGUAGCAGAAGCGCCGUAUGCCAUUCCAUACAAAGCAGUGGUCAAAAUCGAUUCCUCGUAUUCUGGUUCUGGUUCUGGGAAACAGGUCUUUCGUAUCGAGAAGUGAUAAGUCUUUGGUAAUCUUGGUAAUCAGAAGUGGCAACUCGGCAAUCGUCCAAGGAAGAUUCAUAGGAUUGGUCUCUUAGGAAAACAAGCAUCUCAAUCAAGUAUCAAGUCAAAGUCAUCUGAGUUCCCGCUUUCGCCUAGACAGCAAUCCAAUUCUCACUUCUGCUUUCCAAAGAAAGACAGCAUUCCAAUGAGUCACGUAUAAUGUGACGAAUAAAAGGAUGUUCGUGUAGCAGCACUCCUAUAGUGUCUGAGUAUGGAAAGCCAGGCCUGUCGCAUAUAGUGGGAAAACAAGCCUACCCUCCUCGGCAAACCGGAAUCAAGAUUGCUUUCAUUUUCCCGGUGUUUUCGUCCAUCCUCCAAUUUCACUAAAGAAAAUGGGCUUCUGGAAAUGAGAGUUUUGCAGUAGUUCCAAAUAGUGAGAUGAACUUUUCCAAAAAGCAAUCGACUCUCCCUAGGUAAAAACCAAUUAUGGACUUUGCCAUCUAUAUGAUCCGCACUUUUCUCAUUGGAAAUCCAAUGAGUCACGUAUAAUGUGACGAAUAAAAGUUAGGCAAAAUUGACUUGAUGCCCAAAAUCCCAGUAAAAUGAAGAAGUCGAACCUGUCAACCAGAGAGCACCAUUUCUAUAUGAACAAUUGAGAUUCACACAUUACGCUAUCCAUUCCUGGGCCAUUUACUUGACUUGAGCUUGACUUGAAUUUACGUAGAUGAGCAUCUCUUUUGCAUUUGGAGUAGUGUAGUGACUUGCCUGUCCUCCCUUAAUCAGUACAGCUAGGAACCUCGAAACCUGAGAAGAGAUCGGGUUAGAAGAUCCGACCUGCCGCGUUGGGAGGAAGAUAAUUGGAGGACUAGUACCGGAUCGUAAGCAUUGGUGCUUCAUAGGUCACAAGUGAAGGAGAAGAAAUCCAAACCUAAGCUUUCUUUCUUGAUAACGAAGCAGCAGGAGAUUCCUCUCUGUUUUCCACCCGCAACGCAAGGUACUUUAUUGCUUUGCUAGCAUUCCAUCCAGAUAGAUACCAUUUAUCGAUCUUUAGAGGCUUGAGAGGUCGGGGCAGAUUAUCGACCCGACCGAAUCAGUCUAUCCCCACCUGUAGCGGAAGUAGAAAAAUAAAAUAGAUAUAGCUAUUUCUUAUAACAUUUCUGAUCUGAUAUUGCUGGCAGUAACCAUUGUAGCCAAAGAAAGUGAGAAAGAAAGAAACUAAUAGAAGUCGAAGACGCGGAAUGGUAGUGAAUAGAAGGGAAGAGAUGGGCUGUACAACUCUUACUAGGAAAACAAGCAUCUCAAUCAAGAUAGCAGACGAGAUGUAGAGAAGCAAAGCACUCAUUGCCGUGGGAACCUUAACUUGAGCGGGGAAGAGAUUUACAAGAUCAGCAAACUAGGAGCCCCAUAAUCUGAGGAAGGCCAUGGCUAAUCCUCCAAAUAAGAUAAGGGAAUUCGCUUAGGUUCUUUUUCUCAAGAGAGCAAGCCGCAGGGAUGGAUCAAGCAGUAGAAGGGAAAGGGAUAUCCCUGUCAUCAAAGCCAAGAGACCACGGUGCACAAUAAGGAUUCAAGGCCAAAGUGCAAGAACAAAUAAUAUAGCAAGUGCACAAUUCAUAAAGACCAUUCAGGCUCACUACAGUAUACUAGAGCACCAGCUGCUCACUUGUUCACAAAACAUAUGAAUAGGCAUCCAAAGGAAAUAGGCAAGUCUCACCUCCUAUCACUUUUCGAUACGAAAGAUCCAAUAUGGGCGAUCACUACAAUUGGGUUUGUUCGAGGCAGAGCUAUUAGUAACUUUUCUACCCAAGGAAGGUUCCUUCACCAGGCGUAUGCACCGAAAGUACGAAUAAUUAGACCUGCUGCCAUUCUUAAAACGCACCUGUGUCACUACAGUUCAAAACUGCAACAAAACAGAUGCAUAAUGAGACCGAGGAACCCAUACCAUUACCGAUGGGAGGCCCACAAAAGAAAGCUAUGAUUAGGAAUCCGGGAGUGGUUUAAGCUCGUCAAAGAAAAGAAAAGGAGUUGUUAGCGAUUCUCGUCAAGGAAGUGUUCCCUCGACUCGACCCUCCUCGUUCGGUAGAGUACACAUAUUAACUCGAAAUGCAGCAGAAGACACCUAUUUAAUCGAUUAAUAUCCAAACGAUCCUAUGGAAAGCAGAUUCGGAUUGAUUUCCUAGACCCACACAGAAAACAGCCCAUAUUUCAACCAGAAAUGAACGAAUAAAGGCAACUCCAGGAAAAACCUGGUACCCGUUACUUCGACCAGAUCCCAAUGGAUCCGUACAGGGUGAUUUGAACUGCUCCUCUCGAGAAGAUCGACGGAGCUGAGCUAACUUGUGAGACGGAGCUCACUUCUGAGAUAGAGCUGUCUUCUUUCUCUGCGGCAGGGCAGUGCACCCACCCAUCUCUUCCUCUGUCCAAAUGAUCCACCUGAUUGGUCCUUUCGGGCAUAUAGAGUCAGUCUCAUCCAGAGCAUCACGAGCUUCACCACUACAACCAUCUGACAUUCAUGCACGAAUCCAUCCCUCGCACUUUGUUUCGCUAGCUGCCCUACCUCGCUCGUAAUGGUGCCAGUGCCGGCUCGAUGGUGGACUCGGGAAUGGUCAAUCCAGAUGUAGAGAGCUCCCUAAAAGGAAACCUGUUUUCAUCAAAGACAACAUGUCUGGAAAUCCAAAUUCUGUUAGUUGGUAUAUGAAGGCAGCGGUAACCUUUCUGUUGUGGUGCAUAACCAAGAAAAAUACACGGCAUCGAACGAGGCUGAAGCUUGUGAUCAAUGUAAGGUCUGAGGUGAGGCUGUCUGAGAAUACGAAGAUUCGGGUCUUUAUGAAACAAUUGUGUGAAGGGAGAGAGAGAAGAAGAAGAGGCGCGGAGCGAUUGAUGAGAUAGACCACACUUGCAAAUAUUUCAUCCCAAAAGGAACCGGGAUAGAAGCGUGUUGCAUAACAGCAAGGCCGCUAAGGUAAUGUGUCUAUGUUUGCGCUUGGCCACUCCGUUUUGCUGAGGAGUGUACGGACAACUGGUUUUAUGAAUGAGUUGUGGGAAAAGGCGAGAGGGCGCGAAGCGUGAAUGGAACCAUGAGACAAGGCCGCAGGAGAAGAGCCAAUGUGGGAUAUUUUCAUACCAGUACCAUCUCCACUCCACUCCAAUGGUGAGAGUAUCUGAACCAGCAUAAGCAAAAUAAGAGGACAGGUGCGAAGCAAGUCACCGGUGACAUGAUGAGAAGCUCCUGAGUCUAAGAGCCACUCAGUCGACUGAGGUAGAGAAGGCACUGAUGAAAUCUGAGACGGCACUGGUUGCGCAACUAAGGCGUGAGCGAGGGUCUCUUUGUGGUGGUCUUUCACCAUCUUCCUUUUGAUUGGCCUAUAUCUUAGAAUCCGGUCUUUCGCUGUUCCCACAGUCCCUUAGUCCCGUACCGGCUGUCGGUCUAUCUCAUAUUCGCAGAAGAAGGAACUUGCCAUGCUGGAAGUGUAAUUAAGUAGGCGGCUGGUCGUAGAAUAGUCUUUGAAGUAAGUGCUGUUGCAGUUGUAGAACCAUUGAUUCUUCCUCGCAAACCUUUCAUCCCCGCUGUCUAGCUCUCUCCUAGUCCAAAGCGAAUUCCAUCGUAUCCGCCUUUGAGGAAAAGACCGAAUCCGUCUUUGAGCCAUCCUAAGAAAUCCUCGUAGGUAAUCUCCGCAAACCGGCAUCCAAUAGAGUUUUGAGUUGUCUGUCUCUUUAUUGCCUAGAACUGGCCAAUGAGGUUGAUCCAAACAGAUCCAUGGAAGUAUCACAAUAAACAGAUGCAAGAGAGAAAUCGAACUAGGAAAUCCACGGAAGGGAAGAUAGCCACCUCGAAUCCUGAGACCUAUUAGACUUCCACUAGACUAGGAAAUAUCUCAAAAGAUCCUCGGCAUGGUUCCUUGCGGCAGGGUUGAUACGGUUUCUUGGUCAGGUUGGUAAAACUGACGGAUAAAGACUGGGUUUUGUGUUGAACACAUAGCACGAUGGGCCUUGUGAGUUCCCUGAAAGGAAUGAUUGUGAACAAAUUUACGAUUCCUCUUCAUCGUCAUCUAUCUUUGUGGCUUAAACCUGAAUCCUGUUUGCGAUGUUAGUACUGUGAUAUCUACUGACCCAUGUACGCAGCAAGGGUCGAUCGGAUGCUGAUUUCAGCUCCCAUAUAAAAGAAAGCAAGGCAGUCAUGAAAAACUGUCAUGCUUUGUUAAAAUGAUUUUAAGUUCAGACCAAUCUGUUAUUCAAAGAUCUACUUUUACAGAUACAGAUCAUACUUCACCUUAAUUUUGCGAUGACUAAAAUAUUGCAAAAACGAUUUACUUAUACCCGUACCCGUCGAGAGUUUCUUUCUAUAUGAUAAUUCGAGAUUGCUCUACCGGACCUGAAUACUUGAUUCAUUAAGGUCGUCACCCUAUACCCGGAAGUCUCUAUCGUUUUCUUUGUCUGUUAAGCGGGUUAGGACUCCCUAAAUCAAACAGCAAUCGCUGUUUAUCAACCACUCACGGCGACACCGAGAUCUUCGACUUAGCUCCCUCCCACAGGUCAUCCCCCCGGGGCGGAAGAUAACGAAAGGGAGACAAAGUCCUAACUAAAUCAACACACAAUAACCUAAACCUUCUACCCAUUCCAUCCAUCAUAUCCGUCGAGUCGAGGAGAUUCGUUCUUAUCUAUAGAUAAGGCAAGAGAGAACUUAUGCCCUCGCGGAUGGAGAGGGAUUCGAACCCCCGGUAUUCCUAUCAAUACUUCGGUUUUCAAGACCGACUCUUUCAACCGCUCAGACAUCCAUCCCUGCGCUCGCCCGCCCUAUCUAUCUGCGCGCUGGCAGGUAGGGGCAACUCUAUGUGAUUCGCUACGCUUACUUGCGCCCCACCCCGUAAGCUGACUCUAUUGCCUAGCACACUUUUCCGGUAGUACGAAUCGCUACGCUUCGCUUCUUUCUAUAUGAUAAUAUGCACCGUCGGUUGCUGCGCUCCCUGCGGGUAAUAGCAAGAGAGUGAAGAACGAACGAUCCUAAAAAAAGUAAGCAGUGAAUGAGUCCGACUCGAGUUCGUGAGUCAAAGGCGUGGCAAGAGAGCGAGUUCGACUCGCGAACGAUCCGCAAGUGAAGGACCGAUCCUUUAACGCCAGUACUGUUGCGAGACUGGUACUUGGCGGCUCACGAGCAACAUAUAGACUAAGGUUGCCCAUCACUCCCUCGCUCCUUUUUGAAGGCCCACCGCUCCCCCUUUCUUUAAGUAUCUAUCCCGGCUUGCAUUUUGGGGCGAGUACUACAGUUCCUCCAUAAUCACACAGAACGCCCAGCUUCGCAGAGCUGCUCUCUCCCCAGUCCACAGCAAGGUGUGGAAUCUGGAUCUACUGUGUGUUCUUACUCUAUUGGAUCAAGUCAGAUACUAAGCCUUCUACUACUACUACUACUACUUAGGUUAGGAGAUAAAAUGCUAAAUUUCAGAGAUUGGACUCUCUUACUGUGUUUUUUCAGGGCUGUUCCCGAGCCAGGUUCCCUGGAUCCAUUCUGACCUAAAUGGAUGAAUGAAGAAGGGGGCGAGCAGAUACGACGGCCACACACUUCUUUUUAGCCGAAUAAAGCCGGAUCUACUACACGGCUAGGAUCAGAGAAAGAUUGAGAAAGCAAGAUCAAACCUACUCUACUGUCGAUUCAAAAGGUAAACUGCCCCCGAAGACUACUUUAUUUUAUCAAUGAAUGGAUCAAAGAAGGAGGCUCUAUCUAUGUCAUCGUAUAUAAGGGAAGAAGCCCGCCCCUGACCUAAAUGGAUGAAUGAAGAAGCUAGCCCGGGUAGGGUAGACUUUAAGAGCUCUUGCUCUGCCUAUCCGUCUCGCUCCGUCUUGGAGGAAAGAUACGAAGGGCCUACUCUUUUCAUUAAAGCCCUACUCUUAAUAUAAUAAUAGUGAAAGCCUCCUUCUCUUACCUACUUUGACUCAUAUCUUCGGUAUACCUCAAUACAAGACAAGCACUGGAAAGGAUAUUCAAGAAAAACCGGGCUAUCGCCCUAUCUAAGCGGGUUUCCCCUCUCCUCUACGGGAGUCCUCUUUUAGUCUAUUUCAGUUCCUGUGUCUAUCGCUAUCGCCCUAUUCUCUCUCAAUUGCCUAUCCUUUUCAAAUGAGGGGGAGUACCUUUUCUUUAGCUUCCAACAUGAAAGAUUGACCCCCUAAAGUGCCAGAUAUGCAAGUUUGAUGAAGGACUACUUACUUAGCUAAGCUAAAGUGAACUUCUGACUAAAAAAAAAGUGGACUAAAAGAGAACAACAAAAGAGAGAUCACUUUCGACGAUUAAACAGCACUUUUAUAUCCAGAUUGGAACUGGACUUGAACCUUCAUAUCCAGAUUUCACUCCACUUUCACUUUCAAUAGUGAAUUAUUCACUUUCGCUCAUAUUCACUUUCACUUUGGCCAGGCCAAGAAAUACAAAUAAGACCUUGAACUCCCUAUUUCACGUAUAAUCGAGAGACUCAGAAUAUCAGUGCCUUGGGUAAAUGCCUACCAAAGGGAGAAGAUUACCGAACUUUUUUCUGUCCUCUUCGCUUCCUAAAAUAUUUAGGGAAAAGGCCUAGUCGGCCACCGCUUGCUAACGACGGAAGGAUGAAAGGGUCCUCGCGUGGGACUUAGUUGGAAAGGUAGGUGUUCGGCAUGUCCCUUGCUUGCGAACUUCUUUAGUAGGGCGGGUAGCUUUGGAGAUCCCAUUUUUUACGUUUACCGUUGUCCCCAGACUUCACUCUUUCAACACUUGUCUACUUUCGAAAUAGUCAGGCGGGUCCAAGUGUGUGAUCCACCGAUUCACUGAGUGGGUCUUUCUUACCGCAGUUUUCCCUAUCUCUUAAAGCCCUAUCAGACUUCCGAUCCAUCCCUUGUUUGCCGAUUGAAGAAAGCCUUAUAUGGUCUCAAACAAGCACCCAGAGCGUCGGUUUGCAAAAUUCAAGAUGGCCAUGCUGGUGAAUGAAGCUGGAUUCAGACAGAGCUCGUGUGAUCAUUCUUUGUUUGUUUGUUAUACGGCUUAUGGUAUGGUUAUUUUUUUGGUCUAAGUUUAUAACAUUAAAAAAGCAGGCAUUGUUAUUGUUAAAGUGAAAGUGAAAUUUAACAUGGGAAUUUUCUUUCUUUCCUUCAGAAACAGUUCAGAAUGAAAGAUCUUGGUGACUUGAGGUACUUUAUCGGUAUUGAGGAAUAUAAUCCCUAUUGUGGGUACAUAGAUCAUGAGCCAACAGAAGCCCUUGAGUUGAUUUGCUCGAUUUACCGCCACAUACUACUUACUAAACAGACUCUACUUUAGGGGUCGGGUCUCGAUCCGAGUUGUUUAGCGAAUGACUCAACCAAUACAUCUCUACUUCGAGGUGUAAAUAAAUUCCACUCUUUAUCCUCUUAAUGAAAGAAUCGAAUUUUCUACUUUGACCUUGCGAGCACCCACUCAAAACAGGGAGGGCGAACUCUUAUCUCUUUUCUUGAUGACCGAUCUCUCUCAGAACCCUAGACCAUGCUAUACAGGCUACCCCUUCAUACACAUUACCUAGUAUCUCCUUCAUUUUCUAUUAUUUAAUUGCUUUUAAUGGCAUACCUCUCUACUCAAAUAGAUACUCACAGGAGUCUAUUUCCUCUUCGCUUACCACCGGUAUCUACCUUUCUAGUAGCAAUAAAUAAAGCCAAUAAUUAUUAUUAUUCAAUAAGCAUUCCUCUUGUCAAAACUUGUUUAGCGGUGACUUCUAUCGAUCAGGGUUAUCCCAUGGAUACUAUUUGUAUUUUUACUGUUGAGUACAGGGAAUUCCAUCCUAGAAACAUAGCAUCUAACAAUAUAGUUUACUGUUCCAUUCUGAUAUGAAGGAAGGUGAGGGUUAAGCAGAUAGGUAGGUUCAAAGAAUGGGUGAACCCGACCACUGCUGGGCAAAUGAGUACGAGCUGUCUAGCUGUGGACAAGAAAGGGGUACUUCGAAGAGCAUGAAUACAGCUGGCUGUGCUCUUGUAGUCAUACCCUCGGUAAGAAGAUCCUACCCAAGGAUAGCGAGUGAACACUCCCACCAUAAGCGAGCUAAGAUAGUGGAAUUCAGUCUAUGAACGCAAGCCUAAAAGUAGAAGCACAGAAUCCUGUCUAAUAACCACGGAUGUAGAAAGAUCUGGUGGAAGGCCACUGGAUGGAAGGUUAUGCGUAAUAUCAAACUAAAGUCAAAGUUUACCAAGAGGUAAGCCUGAAUGCUUUAGGUUCGCUACGAUAGUUGUUACUCACUGGGUCAACUAGUCAUGGUAUAGUUGUUUACAUGGUAGCUGGUUGGAUCGACAGACCAGAGAAAAGAGAUUCUGGGUCAUCCCCAUGAGCUGAUACAGCUCUUGUUUGGAUCGCCUUCUGGGCAGCUAACUAAGGAAAGGAUUAUCGGGAUUAAUUCCAAUUGUGGGUUGAGAAGGAUGGCAAGCUGGUUACUCAAAUUGGAGAUACCCUGUUCUAGGAAUGAAAGGGUUCAUCACCCCGGAACGAGGUAAAGGGCUACCCCUUGACCGAGUGAAGGCGAGCCUGGAUCCUGAGAUUGAUGGAUGAUGGAAUGGAUCCAACCGCGAGGUACCCAUUCUAACCAUGAAGGGUAAAGGAGCCAAGCAAGCUAUCAGGCUGAUACACCACUUGGUUAUCUUCUUUAAGAUCAUCUCUCUUUCCUGCAUUCUUAGCUAACUCGGCUUUUUAGUCAAAUCGCUAAGCUAAGGGUAAGCUGCUUUCGGGCUAGCUUGUAAGCCACGACUUAGUUUAGUUUAGUUUAGUAUAGUAUAGUAUAGUAUAGUAUAGUACUACGAGGAUUCUGGCGGGGAAAUGCGCAGCGGAAAAAGGGAGAAAUGUUCUUUCCAAUGAAGAAGGCCGCUAAGGUUGGCUUUCUUUCCUCCAUCAUUACUGAUGUUUUUAGCUUCUAAAUGGAAUCUGAGGAAGGGAAUAGCUCUUGUUCAUUAGCUCUUGUAAGAAAGAGUGGAAACCACAUAGCAAUAAGCAUCUCCUUACUAGGCGGUCUAGUUCACACAGACAGUGCUUACUUAAGAUGGAUCAAUUGACCUGUCUUGGUUUUCUAACAAUUGCUUACUCUGCUGCUUUCGAUUUGUGAGCCAGGUAUAUUCUAUUUGUAUGUAUUUGCAAAAUGCCUAUGUCUCUAAUUUCUGCUUCUUAGGUUGCUGGCGUUGGCCCCAACUGAGUCGGCUCCAUACAUCCAACAGAUGAAUGGCUAACUCAUACCGCCCCGGCAAGGAAUGGCUCGCUCUUUCCUAAAGCUGAGGUGAGGGGAUGAGCCAUUCCUCUCAAAUCAAAAGGGGGGCUCGCUCCUUCCUUCCUACCUAUUGGUCGGCUCGUUCAUCUACUCGCUGGAUUGGAGACCUAUUGUUUGGAGGGUUUUAGUAUACACGUACGUCUUUGCUUUCCUUUUUAAUGCUGCCGGUGAUUCAGCCACAGCCACAGUAAGAGCCGCUACCCUCAUCUCUGUUAUUCUUAUUUCAAAUAAAAACGAAGUAAGUCUUUGAACGUAGAGCAGAAGGGAGGGUUAUUAACGCUGCUAAUAAAACAGCCGAAAAGACAUCGAGUUUCUAAUCGCUGAGUUGAUGUGAAAUGAUCAGUGAUCAGACUAAACAAAGCCGGUUUAAUAGAGCACUAACAGGGCGGCAGACCUAUUUAUAGAAAAAGAUAUAGUUUCUAUUUGCCCAGGGAGCAACAAGAAAGGUCACGGGUAAAGCACUCUAAGGUUCCAUUUUGGAUUGUCUGGUAGGGAUAUUGGCUACGAGACCUACUAUGAAAGUCUGGAUACCAGGAAAACGAGCGAAAUUGCUGACUCGCUCCUAGGAAGCUUCCAAAGUUUUUAUUACAGGGUCUAAGAACAGCAAAUGGGAAGUUCUCCUCACACUCACUCCUCUCAUUUAUAUCCUUAUUCAUGGCUACCAUCUAUCUUAAAAGCUACUGCUGUGACACUCAUUUUCUAAUUAAUUUUAAAACUAGGUAGGCAAUUUACGCACUUUUCAAUGAAGAGUGGAUGAUCUGCCAGCUCUCGCGGAAAGAUGUCAAAGUUCUUGUGAACCCCCAAUUCUGCAGUGGAAUGAGAUAAAGCAGCCCAAAGGUCCACCGGGAUUUCAUCUAAACUCCGUGCCGUGGUGCACAUUAGCAGAAUACAUUCCGCUUCGAAAGAGCCUUAUACUUAUACAUAGACGGAAAAAAGAAGAAGAGGGAGAACGGUUGGAUUUGGUCUUGUUGUCUGUUGUUCUUUUCUCUAUCCUUAUAGAGAAAGUGUUGGGUGACUUUCCCAUACGAUAAUAAAAAGUUUUUCAAACAAGUAAAUCAAGUCCUAGGUAGAGGUUUUCCCCGAGUCUACAUACUGUCUUUUGAGUUGCUUUUUAUCGAGGGAAAGAGGGGGCCUAACUAAAAUAAAUACGGGAUUUUCUCCCAUACUUUUUUACUGAGCCAAACGGACGGAGUUAAGACUUCGACUAGCUAGCUUUGAACAAUAGACUCUAGCCCCACCAGGUAAUCUGGGGCUUUAAAGGGCGACCCGCUUAACUUUACUGAAAUGAGGUAGCUAGAGAAAAUCCAUGAAAUGGGUUGGAAUUAAGAUGUGCGCGCACUUCUUCUCAAAAGAACUACUAGGCAGGCCAUCCAGGUAGGCGGGUAAUUCUCUCCGUAUGGCUGGAAAUGCAUGCUCUCACUUCGAGUUUCAAUUCAAUCUUAUCGCAAACGCACUACUAUGCUAUAGCUAUAUCUAGGAAAAGCGGCAAUACAAAGCCAAGAUCUUCCUUACUAAACUUAACUCAUAAGUUUAAGUUAAUGAGGGCUAAUCCGUCCGCAGUUUUCAACUGGUAAAGCUUUCCCUGUCUCUUCGGGACAAAUAAAAGAAAAAGUAAAUGCAAGACAACCUGAAAGGAAUUCCUAUGUAUGAGUUAGUUCGAUUCCAUACUCGGACUGGUAUAUAUAAGUGCUCAUCACUACUCGACUCAAUCUACUAUAGGAUAGGAUAGGAUAGGAUAGGAUAGGAUAGGAUAGGUAGGUAGAGAGUAAUUCUCCGAAAGAACUACUAGUAAAAUAUGUAGGUAGGGCUUGGGCAAGUAAGUAAAGUAGGCAUGAGUUAUCUUUUCCUACGGCCUACCGAGUCAAUCUAUUCGGACAAGUAAAUAAGUCUGGGCAUUCCUUCACUUCAGGUAAUUCGAUAAGUAACUACGUUCAUUCAAUGCUAGGGCUCUCCACUUUUUGUGAAAUUACAAGGGGGAAAAAUGCUCUCUAUCUAUUCCAAUAUAGACUUGUUUGUGGACCUACCUUCUUUUAGUUAGCAAGUUCGUAAGGCAAUACAAAUCCAAAAAAGCUAGGAAUUGAACCAACCCACUUGAAAUUCUCGUAAAGAGAGAGAGAGUGUUGUUUUCUAAAACUGGAUAUUUUAUAGCCAUUUUCAGUGCAUCUAGAUCGUGCGGGCUCUUUCUUAAUUUCAUGUCCGUCCCGGCUACUCAAAACUCUGAUUCAGGAAAGAAAUGCUAAACAAAGAAAUGAGCAAACGUUACUAGGAAGGUGAACUCGCUAUCAAACUACUGCCUGCGCUAGGGGAAGCGCGAAAGAAAAACCUGUUUCAAGAUCUGAUACCCUUGAAGGACUCCCAGGAAUGAGAGAGCAAGUACAAGGACAAUCUUAUUUUCUAAGGAUAGGCUCCAUAAUUAACAUAGUUCGGUUAGAGUGGAUUUGAAAAGCUACAGCAGAUCGAUAAGUUGCUAAUUUAGCUAAGUAAACUCCACUACGGAAUCUAGCUCUCCAUAAGAGGGUAUUCCCAAUGAGACAAGUAGUUUAUCGAAGCUCUGUCUGAAGAUUGUAGUCCUGAUUUCUCGGAAUAGAAUAAUUGAAUGAGCAGGUGCAGAUGGUCAAUCUCCAUCUCUUUUAUGGCAGAUUCUUUUUCGAGGACCUGGCGACAACUCUCUCUGGACGGUAGGGGAACCCCUGUGAAAUCAGUAAUCAACGCACUCCCACUCCUCUUGCUCCAAUUCCCUCUCUUCCUGCUAAAGCUCCAACUUAUCCAGACUGGUCAACAAUUCUUCCUUUGUUCUCCUAAUCUCUCUAUUCACAUUUGCACUCCACCCCUAAAACACUUUCUCAUCUGUUGUAAAUGUACUCAAAAGGCUUCCCCAAUUCUCCUUUUAACAACAGUGCAUGCUCCUCUGAAUAAAGUCUUCUUGUUUCAACCAUGAUCUUUCAAACUUGAAAAACCCUUUGAACAGUUCAGUCUCACACUCCACCAACAAAGGAACAUGGUCUGAACCAUACCAUAUCUAGGAAGGGGCUGUCGCCACAGCAUGGGUAUACAACAUUGAAUCCCAGUCUAUUGUAAAAAGGAAUCUGUCUAACUUAGCAGCUGACACAGCAUUGUUCCAAGUGAAUUUGCGCCCUUGCAAAGGUAGCUCCAUCAGCUCUAUAUCCUCAAUCAGCCCAAACAAUUCCUUGCUAACCCUAGCCUGGAAUUUCACACCUAUUUUCUCACUUCUGGACCAAUUUACAGAUAAUCAUGUUUUCUUGGUAUCUAUAAUUAUAGAGCAUCUCAAAAUUGUGAUAGAUUGCAGUCUUGAUAAUGCUAACAUAGUAUUGGUAAUCUAACAUUUCGUAUUUUGAUGCCAGUCACAACAGUUUGACAGGACCCAUUUAUCCAAAAAUAGUCAACUUGAGAGGACUUUUCAAUCUCGAACUCAAACUGAUGCGUAGCUAUUAUUUAGAGAUGCUCUUACAGAAUCCCAUCCCAUGCUACGGAAUGAAUCUAGUUACCAUCCGAUUUAGCUCCAUAAAUAUGGACAUGGCUUAAGGAAGCUAAUUACUCGGGUUCAAGUAGUUCCGGCUAGAGAGAUGGAGUAACUAAGCCCUAACGUUAGAUCCAUUAUCUCACAGAGUUCAAUUCAGACAAUUCAACCCUUCCUGCGCGGGUGCCAGACAUCGCCAAAAUGAGUAAGUCUAAGUCGCCGAAGAGAGUAUUUUUGGUCUCUCUCGCAAGCUCUGAUAGUGAGACAACAAAGGAAAGAAUCUUCAGGCUAUUCGCUUCCCUCUUUCAGUGUAGCCGGGUAGCAGUAUCGGCAAUCCCACGAGCAGACGAAUCAAAUCAGGCCUAUUCUUUUUCUAUGUUCUUUUUUUGCUCUACCCAGGGCUUCUAUGGUCAAACGUGGAAGCCUUUUUACGUGCACAAGUCCUGAACGAAUUUCGACUCGUCCCUCUCUUUUCUUGAGACGAGGACUUAAGUUCAUUUUAUCUUCUUCUCAAUCUCCGUUCUUCUUUAAUUAACUACGAUCUUGAGAAAACCAUGCGCUGUCUGGCGAUGCGAAAGAUGAGAAAGAAAUUGGCAUGUCCUGGAUCUACCACUUUUGACUUCCUUUUUCGUACUCUUCUUUCAUCCUCCUUACCAGAACGCUUUUCCUGGUUCAGAAGAAUAAGAUACUGAAAUUGUGUUGUGGCUUACAUAUGGAAAAUGCCUUCGUCUUGAAGCUACCAAUGCACACCACGGUGAAAUCAUUGUCAAUUAAUUGUUAGAUUCCCCAUAUCACCCAUAGCCACCCAAAUCUUUUUUUUGCCUCAAACUCUGCUGCCCUAUCACUCCUCGAUAAGUGUACUUACUCAGGUUGUGCACUUGGCUGAGCGAGAUCUUCCCCUUUGGCAUGAGAACCGCCUACCUACGCUAACGUAACUAAUGCAGAUGGCGGAAGUUAGUAGUUCUCCUAUCGUAGUAUUAUACGUAUUUCUCACGUGUAGACCUUAAGUUCUGCAGGAAGGAUAUUUAUAUAUAUACCAUUCCAUAUUAAAGUCAGACGGAUAGGGCAUAUUUGACUAGGAAGCAAGCAAAGCGAGUCCCUCCAUACCAGCUAGCAGUCUUGUUUAGGGAGUCUCCUUCUUUACUGAGUAAGGUUCCCGGGUGCCUAUGCGAUUAUUAAGGCAGGGUGCUACUGUACCAGUAGUAGAGUGGGUUGAAUCAAAUCGUUUGUCUAGAGAGGGUGUAGCGAUAACUAAAGCUGACUGUACUAGAAACUGGAGAUCCUGUAUAGGCAACUGGCCUUAUAAUAGUGUAUUGAACUACAGGACAGGAACGACUCAUAAACAAGCGAAUUCUGCCUUUAGAUAAAGACAAUUGGAAAAGAAGUCGAAUCAAACAUUCAAACCUAAGGCCUUUGUGGCAUCGGUUACAGCUGGGAAAGCGAACCUCUAUCCAUAACAAUAAAGAAGAAUCUCGAUCUAAUUGGAAAUUUCCCAUCACCUUUUUUUUUUACUUGUGGCUGGUUCCUGUUUGUCAAAGUGGCUUCGUCCGCCCUUCCCCUGAAAACUACGAUGAAAGCUGGAGUAGAUAGAUCUACCAGGCAAACUUCCCCUUCCUCCCAUGUGGUAUUCCCACCUCUAUCCAUGUUAUAGUCUAGAGCCAGACAACCUUUGUCAUAAUAUUUGCUAGUCUUUAACAGAUAGCAUUAUUAGUGACAUAAAGAGACCAUCCUAUCUGGAUAUCUCGACUUCUCUCUCCACUACGAGAUCUACUAGAGCCUUUUUUGCUUACUCUGGCGGGCCGGCCCCUUCGGGUCGCCUUCACUCGUCUAACGGCGACUUACGGUCUCUGCUCGUUUCCCUGCGUCUAACUAGUACUUGUUUCCGCUUCCACGGAAACAUUCGAUAAGUUAUACGUUACAAACUAACACUGCGGGCACAACUUCAUCGUGGUUCGACUCUGCGAUUACUCGACUCUCUCCUCGAUUCUGUUGUCCCUUGCCGCCUUAGGGUGAGUAAGCGGCUCUAGUCUCUCUCUCCUUUACGAUCUUAGUCGAGAUCUCCCUGCUUAACCCCUUUCAAGAUGUUUUGUUAUGUGUUACCUUUUUUUCCCAGAAUGAUCGGCCUCCAUGGAGGGUCCUUACCUCAACAUGGCCAUCAUACAGGUAAACAAACUUUUCAUCGUUAUGAGUGAUAAAAUACGAAUUAUUUAUAUAAUCGAUAUAUUCAACAGAUCCUUCUAGUUGGUUUGUAGAUAAUAGACUUUGAAGACCUUCUAGGUUACAUACAAAAUCAUCGUACUUGAAGGCUAUAAAUACUUCGUUAUACCAACGGCUAUAUUGUACUCCUGGAUACCAUUUAUCAAACACUGUAUCAAUUCAAUUUCAAUUUUCAAUAUAGUAUAGUAUAGUAUAGUAUAGUAUAGUAUAGUAAAGAUGAAAUAGAACUUUAGUUAGUUCUCCUACGGGAGAGACCCAUGGGUAAUUUAUCAUAUUAUGAUUCUGAAUAGAAUAGAUUGGUAGACUAACAACCUGUCCGGUUAGAUCUUUUAUAAGACCAUCGGGGAUAAUACCAUCAAUAUAUGCUAAUAUAUCAGUUUGAUUUGUAUGAUAGAAACUAUCACUCAACUGUAUUGUAUCUUUACAAGUGCUUUAACGUUAUUCUGUUCACCUAAGCCUUUAUAGUGGCCUUCCUUGAGAUCCCUCAACUUAGUGAGUUGCGGGGGUGUGUAAUAUCCAUAUCCAUCUACUAAGACUAAGACGGUGUUUAAUAACACUUUUGCUAACGCGUAGAAGUGCAUCAGAUGCAAAUCUACACUUAUAGACAUGUAAAUCAUCACCGUUCA